GGAAAUCGAUAAAAUACUAUUCAAUUUAUCACAGAUAGGCUUCUUUCAUAUGACGUCAGAAGGCAGAAGCCCCUCCUACUCACGAAGUAGGCGGAGAAGUGGGGGCUGGCUGUGAAUUCCGUACGAUGACGUCACUCGCAGGCCCGAGGGUUCCAAUGGUGGUCACGUGCCGCGGCCGAACAUGGCGGCCCAGGUUUCCGUACAGUGACGUCGUUCCCUGUUUGGUUGACAGAGCGCGGCCGGUGAGGCGGGAGAGGUACCCCGGCAGAGACAGCCAUGCCUCGGGAGAUCAUCACCCUGCAGCUCGGCCAGUGCGGCAAUCAGAGUCAGUAUGCCGGGAUUAUAUGUGUUUCAUCUCAUUCUGCAUCUUUCAUUUAUAGUCCAUAGUGAGCCAUACAUGCACUCUUUAGUGUAUGUAUCAUUAGUGUGCUUUGUAUACUUAUAUAGGGGUGCUUGUGUCAAUCAUGUGAUGUAGAUUUCCUGUCUUGCAGAAUGUAUUAUUUAUUUUAUGUAUUGUAUUGUGUGUACUGUAACAAAAUUAUAUAUGAUGUGUGUCUCUACAAUGUGUUUACAUUGUAUCUUAAUAUGUUUGUGUAUAUGUCCAUCAAGUUCUGAACACAUUAAACAUUGCUCUUUUUUGUAGUGGUUAUGGUACCAGGAGUGCCCUGGCGCAGUCCCAUGGUUAAACGUAAAAACCUUUUAGCACCAUUUGACAACCGACGUGGGAGCAUGGACAGCAUCCUGUCUUCUCCAACAGGAAAAGUCAGAUGUUACUUCAGAGCAAAGCAGGAUGCUCCCAGAUAAUGAAUAUAUGAUGCAUCGUUUUGACCCCUAACUGUGGGACGGCGCCAGGGCAAUCCUGACAGAUAUAAGGUUAUCUGUAUGUGGUUGCAGUACAUUGCAUAAAGUGUGUCAUUCUGGCACCCAUCUUGACACUACCUAUUUAUACUGAAAGUACGCAUCAUCUUGGUGUAAUUUCUGGCACUGAACUCACGUCAUUCCAUGUCUCCUAGUCUGACAUAUUAUGAUAUUCAAGACGCAGAGCAUCCUGCAACAGCGUUCACAUUCGAAUGACGCAGAGCAUCUUUAGGUAUAAAUAGCACAGUCCGUCCAUACUCUUUGUCCUCUUGUGUUUUCUUGCUGGUCUCAAUACAUAGUUUACCGUGUACAUUGUUCUUUUGGUAUCUGACAUGUUUUUCCUUGACCAUUCUGAUCUGUCAUCCUUGACCUGGGUUUGAAUCUGUUACCUGGUUUCUGUCUCUUUGAUCUUUUCUUGUCUUUGACAUCUGUUAUCUGCUCAUUAUUGUAUAUAUGUUAGAGGGACACUAUUGGCACCAGACCAUUUCAUCUCAUUGAAGUGGCCUGGGUGUACUUUUCCUGUUCCAUUUAGUCCUGCAAUGUAAACCAUUGCAAUUUUAUAGAGAAUCCAAUGUUUACAUUGCAGUACUAAAACUGUCUCUAGUGACUGUCUACCAGAGAGCCACUACAGGUGUUUGCUACAGUUUCACAGAGAUUGACUCUGGACAUCCUCACGCUCUAUGUUAAGUUAAUGCUUUUCUAUGGGGAAGGCCUAAAGUGUGUGCGGAGGAGGCUUAGUGAGACCCAACACCAAGAGACAUCGGUGCUGGAAUUGGGUAAGUAAAUAAAAAGUUAUUUAACCCAGAGAUUGGCAAAUCCAAGGUCGCCAUGGUGACAAAGUAUUUUGUCCAGGCGCCUGGGAUUUGUUCCCUCCAAGGCACGCGACCGGUUCGAGCAUACUGUAGGCGGGCGGCAAGGGAGCUGUAAUCUUCACGCUCUGCUCCCUCGUGCGCAGCUUAGUGAUGUCAUGGCCAGAAUAUUAUGUCACUUGGCCCCUGGCGCACAGAGCAGGAAGAUCACAGCUCUCUCUCCACCGGCCUACAGUACACACAACCACCACCACUCUCCCACAGCCGGCCGCCCAGUGUACCCCAGUGUACCCGUGUUAAAGCCGAUCCACUCCAGCCCUCCCAAAGGUAUGGAGGCUGGGUGGACUUACGUUGAUUUAAAACAUAUAAUUUGUGUGUUUUAUUGAGGUUGCCAGCUCCCCUCCAAUCGCAUGGGAAUUAUGUCUUGACUCACUUUUUUUUUUUUUUUUUUUAAUACGUCGUGCCGGUCUCCUCGCAACUGGCCCUGCCUAUAUGUUUAGAUAAUCAACCUUGAUGAUCUUGGCAAAUCCAGUGCUUUCCCGUAGGAUAGUGUUGAGAAGCUGUUGCGCAUGCGCUGCAAAACGCUGCACCAGUCAGCAUUUCCUCAUAGAGAUGAACUGAAUUAAUGCAUCUCUAUGACUAACGUUCAGAACCCCCAUGCUGAAUGUAGGUGCUACACACUGAUGUUUUUUCCAAAUGCCAACCCCUCAAUAAAAUUUCUUAUGACCAAAAAUAAAUAAGAUGCCAAAAAAGUAUAUAUAUUUUUUUUGUACUCUCCUAUCGUUUUAUGAAGAAAUAAAUGGCAACAGUAACCUACCAGGAUUUAACAAAUAUAGUGAGGUGUGAAAAAUAAAAUUAAAUGCAAUAGUAAUUCACUGAUAGCAUGAAUAUAUAUACAUACAUACAUGACUGUACUGUACCAGCCUCUGGUAGGAGGUGCUGCCAUUACUUUAGUUACUGUCCUGCAAUAUUAGUGAGAUGGCUGCAUUACAAUGGAGGUACCCGGUGUCAGGAACCUUUCUUCAAGUAAUCUCACCGUUAUACUGCUCUGCUGUCAGUCAAACAGUGCGUUAUGGAGAAUAAUGCACAGAUAAGGUAAGCAAUCAUGCAGUACAGGAUUUGAAAACAUGAUCUUCCCAUUUAAAUAAUGGGCAUAUUAGAACAUUUUAAAUUUACUGUAGUACAUCAACUGCAUAUCUAAGGCAAGCCUACUAACAAGGAAAUAAUAAUUUCUCCUUGGCAAAACAAUGCAAGCAAAACAGAUUUAAUUUGAUUGCCUUGCUCUUAGUGCAUAGCAACAAGAUCAACCCAUUCAAACAAUUGUACUGCCAAAGUUCUAUGUUUGUCUUUUUUAAUUCUUUAUUUGUAGGUUUUCGCCUUGAAAUUAGGAGGGAGGGGAGUGGGGUACAGAAAAUAAAAAGGGAGGGGUGGGUGGGAGUGGUUCAAGACAUAACAGUACUUUUAAGAUUAAUGUCGGUACCAACGCAGGGUACUGUUGCGUAUUGGAAGUAGCGUACAUUCGUAUCAACAUUGUAUCUUCAUUGAACACUUAUUUAAGUUCCCUGUCAUUUCUGCGUUCUUAAGUGAUGGGUUUUGUCACUCGUCGACUCUUUGUGAGUCCUGUCUCGUUAUGUGUGGGUGCAGCAUUAUUCGAGUCGAGGAGUGGUUCAGGGUAAGGGUUAUGGAAUAGGGCGGUGUGGGCAUGGGGGGGUAGGAGUCACGGUCCGCGAGCCACCCCACGCGCGGGCCCCUCUCGGGGAUCCUAGGUUGGUGUUUGGGGCUAUGUGGUCAGGUGAGGGUUGUACUUAUUUUAAGGUGUGUGUGAUGUCAUCGAUUAGGGGAUCCCUAUGCUAGGGGGGCGGUUAAUAUCCUGUCGUGUUACCACGGAAUGGUUGUGUCUCCCUCCAGCCAUGGGUCCCACAUUUUGUGGAACUUUUUGGGCAAGUCAUGUAAUUGUGCUGUGAGCCUAUCCAUUUGCAUGCCAUCUAUUAUCUUCUUGGUAAUUGUUUCUUGUGUCGGUAUGCGGUUUGUUGACCAGACUUCUGCUAUGGUUCUACGUGUUGCUAGGGCUAUGCGGGUGGAUAGCUUAUUUUCGGCUCUAGUGUAUUGGUCUAUUGGCUUGGAGAGUAGGAGCAUCCAAGGGUCUAAGGGACAAGGUUUGUCUAUAAGUUUAGAGAUUAGGCGUGUGGUGUCUUGCCAAAGUGGUUGGCCAGGCGUUGGGGGGUGAGGUACCAACGAAAUAGCAUUUUGUAGGCUUGCUCGGUGUGUGUGACGCAGAUGGAGAUGGAGGCCGUUGCCUCCCAGAUGUCUGACCAGUCUGUUGUUUCGUCUGGGGGUCCAAGGUCUGCCUCCCAUGCCGCUAUGUACGGGAGAGACAGUUGUGUGUGGUGGGUCGUCAAGGUUGCAUAUAUGUCGGAGAUUUGUCCUUGUCUGUUGGGGUGCGCAAUGCAGUCUCUUUCAAAGCGAUUGAGUUGAGCCGUGCCGGCUUGUUUUAUGAUUGGAGUCGCUGCAAAGCUGCGCAGUUGUAUGAAUCUAAAGUGAUCGAAUGAUGUGAGCGAGGAUGAGUCUUUGAUAUCUGAGAAUUUGAUAACGUCGUCGUCUUGGUACAAAUGCCCUAGACGGGAAAUGUCCCUGUGUUCAAAGUGGGCGAAGUGCUUGGGGGUAAGUCCCGGUGGGAACAGCUUGUUCCUCCAAAUGGGGGUCAUGGGAGAUAGGAAUGAUGACAGUUCAAAUUUGUCUCUCGUUUUGUCCCAUGUAUCAAAUGCAUGGGUGAUUGAGGGUGUGGUGGGAGGGGGUAGGGGUCUAUGUGGUUUGGGUACCCACAUGUAAAGGGAUGGGUGGUCCCGACCGAAGAUGUUGUGUUCCAAGUCCACCCAUCAUUUUUCCCCUGGUGGGACGUGCCAGUGUUGUAUCUGCGUUAGGUGUGCUGCCGUGUGGUAGUGUGUGAAGUGUGGUAGUCCUAGUCCCCCGUGUUUCUUGGGUACGUAUAGUGUGUUUCGGCGUACUCUGGGUUUGUGUCCAUUCCAAAUAAAUGUGUCUAUGGCUGAUUGUAGUGCCUUGAAGUCUUGUUUACAGAUCGGUAUGGGUAGGGUUUGAUAGAGGUAUAGGAAUCUGGGAAGUAAGUUCAUUUUAAUUGUGGCAAUGUGCCCCAGCCAUGAAACUCCUAGGGGUCUCCAUUUGAUGAGGUCUAAGUGGGCCUUUCGUAGCAGGGGGGUGUAGUUUGUUUCGUAUAGGGUGGUGACAUCUGACGGGAGUUGGAUCCCGAGGUACGUCAUCGUUGUGUGGCAAAUCCUCAUUGGGCAUAUUUGUUUGAUUAUGGCUAAGCUUGGGGGGUCUAUUUGUAUCGGGAGGAGUUCCGAUUUAGUCAGGUUGAUCUUGUACCCCGACAAGUCGUUGUAUUCUUGGAUGAUAGUUAGGAUGUCGUCUGCAUAAGCUGAAAUUUUGAAGGUUUCACCUCUGAUCGUUAACCCCUCUAUCUCCCGGCUGGUGCGCACCGCUUGUAGUAAAGGUUCCAGUGAAAUGGCGAAUAGCAGGGGGGACAAAGGGCAUCCCUGUCUCGUGCAAUUUGAGAUGGGGAAUCAUGGUGGGGGGAUGUUGGGUAGCAGGAGUGCGCCCUGGGGGGCGUGAUAAAUGGCAUGUAGGAAUGAGGUGAAUUCAGAUGGCAUCCCUAUGUGUGUUAGUGUGUGGUGAAGGAACGGCCAGAGCAGGCGAUCAAACGCUUUUUCCGCGUCUAGAGAGAUGAUCGCUGUUGGGAUCCUUCUAUGAUUAGCCAGCCAGAUGAGGUCUAUGGCUCUCCGGGUAUUGUCUGCUGCCUGUCUGUGUGGUAUGAAUCCCACUUGAUCUGGAUGUAUGAGGGAUUGUAGGUAUGGGUUUAGUCGGUUAGCCAUAAUUUUGGUCAUGAUUUUAAGAUCCACAUUGAGAAGGGAGAUUGGCCUGUAGUGUGCCAGCGCCAUUGCCAGUGCCAUUUCUUCUAUCGUGACCUCUUGGCUUAGUGCCGCUUGGGCCUCUUGGGUGAGCGUGGGCAGUGUUGCGUCUUUUAGAAAUGUUUCUAUGCGUGCGGGCAGUGUUGGUCUGGUGUCUUGGGGUCGGUGGUCAUGGUUAUAAAGGUCCGUGUAAUAGUCCUGGAAGAUUUUGCCUAUGCUAUCUGGGCAGUCAGUCAUGGUACCAAUGUUUGUGCGUAUUGAUGUGAUUCGUUUGGCCUCGGUAUGUUUUUUGAGUCUGCGUGCGAGCAUGGUGUCGGCUUUGUUUCCCUUUUCGUUCUAUGUUUGUCUUAACCCUACUUUGUGUUUUGUUUUGAACACAAAGCAAGCAAAGGCAGGUAGACCUAGUAGUAUCUCCAUAUGCAGUUAGUUAUGCUGCCAAUGACAAAACAAGAGUUGAUGAAAAAUAUUCUCUCAAAACAGCUGCUCAUCUAUACAGUUGCGAUCUGUUAGCCUAAAUGUCCUUUUGAUAUUACUGUUAAGCGUAUGUUCCUUUAUUCAGACAGUCUACACCUGUUCUGGUGCAAUGGGUGUCUCUAUGAUAUCUGCAAUUUAGACUCCUUAUUUAUAAUUUAAGCUGAGUACAUCCUUUCUUCACAAACGUAUUGUUCAUCAUUGGCAGUUUAUAGUCCCGGAUGGAGUUAUAUUUGUCUGUGCCGUUUUGACAACAGGUGGAGGAUUGAAUAGUUAAGCUUUCAAUAUGCAGCCAACAUAGAUAAUGUUUGGACGGGCUCCAUGUUGAUCCCAGCUGCCAUAUGCAAUUCACGGGUAGUUCAUUUGCACAUGUUCCACUUGUUGAUUGAUCCUCACCUGUUUUAUUUACUUUCACCAAAUAUCGUAAGGGAAUAGAUAUUAAAGCUACACUAUAGGGACACAGACCACUUCAUCUCAGUAAAGUGUGAUGGGUGCCAUGUCUCUCUUGUUUGUCAUGCUGUCAACCACUAGAGGUGAUUCCACAGAAUUAGCAGAGGGAAACUCAGCUAUUUCAAUCAGAUGAUCUCAUAGAGACUAUCUGGUGAGGCAGUGCAUUUUGCCGUGCAUGCGCAUUAGCCUCCCAAUGCUUUUCUAUAGGAAAGAUUUAGUUUGGUUGAGGUCUUCAAACUUUAUCUCAGCCAAGGUGACGGGGCCAGCCGCAGAUAGGACGAAUUGAAGUAUGACGUGGGAUAAAAAUAAAACGUAAGUGAAAUACCUUUUGAACCCUUGUGGGGGGAGUCACCUAAACGGUAACUACGACAUUGUAGCCUUAGGAAACUCUUUUGUAUCCUCUGACAGGGUUUUUUGCUAUAGUGAGAAUUGUCGGGAAUUCAAAGUAAAUUUAAGGCUAAAAUAGUCUAAUUGGAAGCAUAGUUGAUGGAGAAUUCUUCCGGUUUGGCUACUUUGGCUGUAAAUGUAAAAUACAUUUUGAAUUCCUGACAAAUAUCUCUUUAUUAAAUAAUCCCAUAAACACCAAAACAACUACAGAUUAUUGUAAUGGUCUUGGUGCGUAGAUGCAGUCACUGGAGGCUGAUAAUUAAUUUGUCAUGUUUGCAUUUGUCAGUUUGUGUGCCUCUAGUGGCUGUCAAUCAGACAAUCUUCACAUUCACAGGGAAGUCUCACCUUAGAGAAGUAUUGUAAUACUGCUCUUUGAGGAGAAUCAUGUUGGUACCAUUACUGCAGAGUAGGACAGUCACUGCUUCUCUGUAGAAAACCAUUUGUUUGACUGAUAUCUAAAUGGUACCGGGGACACAAUAAUGCUGUAAAUACAUAUUUAUAUCAUGUUAGUAAGAGUGAAGAAACUGUUGUAUAAAAAAAUCACUUGGUAUUUUUCCUAUGCUUGAUAAAAGGGCAUAGCAACCUUUUCACUAGUGACGACCUAGGGUAAAAAAAGCUCUAUCUCUGGAGGAUCCCGCAAGAUUGACCAUAGACAUAGCCUUUUUUCCCUUAGUUGUCACUACUGACAAAAAGUAGCUCUGCCUUUGAGAAACACCUCAGUGUUGUACUCAUGCGCAUACACAAAUUAUUUAGAGACCUCAGAUAGCGGCAGAGCCACUUUAAGCUACUAUUCACAAUUAUCUUUGUUUUCUAAUAUCCUUUAACCUCAUCGUCCAUUGUUUCCAUACAGUUGGGUUUGAAUUUUGGAAGCAACUCUGUGCCGAGCAUGGAAUCAGUCCAGAAGGGAUUGUUGAAGAGUUUGCAACCGAAGGAACAGAUCGUAAAGAUGUGUUUUUUUAUCAGGUAAAAAUAACUUUUAUAGAAUAUAAUGAAGUAGAUUUGAUUGUGUUUUAGUUUUAUUCCUUCCAGGUUCUACAUAUUUCUCCCUUAUUGGGUGGGUAGCAAACUGUGGGUAUAGGCAAUUCCUUUAAAGUCUCAAGCAUCCAACGUGGAUCCAAUAGCUUUUAUAUCAUUGCACCAAAAGUGUCUAAGACGUAGGGUAUUUUGUGAUCUUCCAUGGAAUUUGUUUUUGUAUCUCUUGUUGUUUAGGAAUUGUCAGAAGAGGAAUAUGAGUAGUAUAAUCACAUGUGAUUGUGAUAAUAUAGAACGUAAAGUAUAAAAAGGACAAUAAAGUCCUUUAACAGUCAUUAACCGGCUAGACUUAUCACAGCAGAGCUAUGUUGAGUAGGUUAUCUGGUAUGUAGGCACAACCAUGUUCCAGUGUGAUGUACUGGACUGACCAAAGUGGCUUCCUUCAAUGUUGUGCCAAAGAUGUCAUUAGUAAGGGCUAGCUGGUAAUGAGCAGAUUCACUUGAGAGGGGGAAACCCCUCCCCGUGAUUGAGUUAAGCAUUGUGUCUGUAAUGGAGUGAGUGCUUGGCCUACUUUUAACCAAGUACUUAAUUCAUGGUGGACCAGCAUCUCGGAAGCGUGUGGAAAGCUGGUUAAGGGCUUCUCUCACCUCUGAGUUGUCAAAAUGGUAUCCAGCACGCUCAUGGUUAUACCAGCCCCCUGGACCUCUGGGUGCACUCUCACCCCUCUUUUAUUGCGGUUUGGGACCUUGAAGCGGGAAGCUAUGUCUACAGGCCUUAAUUUGUCGCAGUGCUAGCAGUGAGAGUGAAAGGCCGCCCCUGAGAUAGGUUCGCGUGCAGCUUCCACGCGUCUGCUCUGCAGCCAUAAACUCAUAGCAAGUUACUCACGUGUCUCUGUAUAGAUCUUAAUAUAAUUUUAGCUUUUGUUUGCGUAUUUCAUGGAACAAUGGCCUCAAAACUGUCAAUUGCAGUUGCCUUGUGGCAUUCCAAUCAUUUGGAUGACUUUUUAUGAUUUUAUGGAAGCAGGAAAAUCAUAAAUCAAAAUUAAUUGCACAAAAAUUAUUGGCUACUUCUUUCCUAACUUUGUGUGAAGUUAGAUAUCUGGUUUUGCAGUAGGUGGUGAAUUGUAUUGAGCCAAAGACUUUAAGUGCAUGAUUUAUGUUAAAGCAGCCAGGUUUUGACUAUAGCGGAGUUGGAAUUUUUUAUUCAAAAUCAAGUAUUGUUGCCUAAAUUUUGUAAUUCACUUUUUUUCUGUUUAAGGCAACCACAAUAUGUAAUAUAUGUAGUGUGAGUGAAAUGUCAAAAAAGAAGUACUCAUAAGACAGGGUUCGACAAAUCGCAGGUGCCAGAUCGCCACGGUGACUGUGUAAUGAUGCCGGGAGCCGGAAUAUGAUGUCAUUCCGGCCCCGGCAUCAUUACAGAGCACGAGGGAGCAGAGAGGAGCUACAGGCAGAGUACUGCUCCUUCGCACACAGGAAGAGUGGAGCCACACUGGACCCCAGGAAAGACUCACUCAGCUCUCCCAAAGGUAGGGAGGCUGAGUGGGUUUCAAUUCAAACAAAAGUGUGUGUGUGUGUGUGUGUGUGUGUGAGCCUGUCAAGACUGUGUCUGUCUGUGUGUGAGCCUGUCAAGACUGUGUGUGUCUGUGUGUGAGCCUGUCAAGACUGUGUGUGUCUGUGUGUGAGCCUGUCAAGACUGUGUGUGUCUGUGUGUGUGUGAGCCGGUCAAGACUGUGUGUGUGUGUGAGCCUGUCAAGACUGUGUGCAUGCGCCUGUCAGUGUGUCUGUGAGAGAGCAUUGAGGAAGGCGUUUUUAACUCACCUUUCAUCCCAUUUUCCCAUGUCGUGCCAGGUGCAUUCAUUGUUGUCCCUUUAACGUUCUCCUUUUGCUAUUAUGCAGAUUAAAAGUUUCUCUCUUUAUUAUAUGGUUUUAGGCUGAUGAUGAGCAUUACAUUCCGCGAGCUGUACUUUUGGACCUGGAACCUCGGGUUAUUCAUUCCAUCUUAAAUUCUCCAUAUGCCAAUCUCUACAACCCGGAAAACAUUUAUCUGUCUGAACAUGGAGGAGGAGCUGGGAACAACUGGGCCAGUGGUUUUUCACAGGUAAAAAUAGCAUUGUCCAUCAAAGUAGAGAAUUUUAAAGAGAUUUAACCAAACCAAAGCUUAUGCUUGCAACAUCAAUGCUCAUCUUGUAGUUUACUGGUUAUUUAUCUUAAACACACCAACCUUUAGAAACACCCCUUAAAAGACACGUUACACAGUGGCGGGGCCUGAUGUCCAACAUGGCUGGAUGUGUAACUCUGGAGCUACCGGCGAACCAAACAAAAAGGUGCUAAAUCUAAGGGUUAAAGUCGCUCCGGGAGUUAAAAACUGCAAACAAAUAAGCAGCAUCCAUUUAUGAAGCGAAACACGUCUGGAAAGGGGCGCCUAGCCGAGCAGCAACCUGUUCCGUCCUUGAGGCCUACUGGGACCGCAGUGUCAGUGGAAGGGAGAAGAGGCCGAUCUUCUGAAGCCGAACACUCAUCUCGAAGCCUACUUCUUGCACUCCCGUCACCCCCACCCCCUUUGGACCGGCAGAGGUCAUCUUGGUCUUCACUGGGUCAGCAUUAGACCACAGUAAAAGCCUGCUCACCUGGCACCUUAAAAGUGGCAUGACCAAGAUGGCUGCCGAGCUAGGACAUCUACACUGUCUGCUGACAGGGAGAGGAGAGAAGAAUGCUGGCAACAUCGUGGACUCUCACACAUGGCAAGCGUGUGGAGUGGGGUGAACAAUGCUGGACAUGGCAUCUCAAUCCUGGUAGCCUACAAUUAUAUGUGCAUUCAUGUUUAGUUACUUUCAACUAAUUUUGUUAAUGGUUUGUGCCCACUGGUUACCUUACCUCUCCACGGUGUUUCAGGCAUAUAGACACAACAUGUAACUGUCUUAGAAAUGCUAUCUGUAGCUGAUACCUUUUUAGGACAGCAUAUAGUCACUCACUUGAAAUUGCUCCUGAUAGAAAUCGUAUAUGCCUUGGCACUGUCAUACACAUCUAUGUAUUACUCUUGAUCUCUAAAACUUCUAAAAAUGUGCAGUUACCUCAAAUGUCAUGCCUAUAUUUAACUUUGUUUUAUUAGGCUUGCUACUGUGGUCGUGGCACUGCAGGCACGUUUCUUAAUAUAUGCACAGCAAAAAAAAAUAAAGACACGUUACACAUAAAUGCACAGAAAAUGGCAGCUGACAUACUCUGUAUACAAGAAACACUUUUUAAGGGCUACAGUUUCUAAAAUGAGCUCAACUCCUUAUCCUGUGCCGCACCACUCUGCAUAUGUCCUCAAAUCCCAGGACAUACUUGAAAACAAGAGGAAUCUCAAUGUAUCUUUCCUGGUAAAAUAUUUUAUAAAUAUAAAUCGAGAGGACUUUCAUUCCUCAUCCAUCAAUCAGUUGCAUUCGAAUUAUUAUUAAAAAAAAAAAAGCAGACCCCGAGGGUAGAUUCAUAAUAUUAGUUUGCCUUCUGAACGACACUCUACACUAACUGGUUAACUUAUACUCCUCCGGUGCAGAGGGGAGUUAAGAUAAUUUGCAGAGAUAUUAACCUUGUGGACUUGUAGAGUCAGCUGUGAGUACCAUCUGUAGCGGAGGUCGCGGUCCUAGAGCAGAGUGGUGAAAGGCCGCAUUGAUCUUCCCCAUUGCAGGGUAUCCCCUAAGAGCUCUACAUAGAAUGCAAGAGCCAUAUUUUUAAAAUGUGUAUUGAGAAGUCCCCUUAAGUGCAGCCAGCAACGCUGCUUUAUCUGUGCCGUUGCAAAAUGGCACCACCAAACCCCCCAAUUCAAAUUUAGAGCCUUCAACCCAUGGAGACUUAAUGACACAUUGUUGAUUAACAAUACCUUCAUAUCCCAAACACAGAAAGAACUUGAAGAAUUCAAUGUUAUGAUCUAAAAAGCAAUGAUACUGUGCAACACAAGCUUAUAAAGCAGUUGAGAGGACAGUUUAUAAGCAGAGCUUAAUAUCUAAAAAGGACAUCCCAAGCUCAAAUGCCAAAACUCCUAAGAACAUUACGUGAUACUGCCACAGCUCUCUUUCUUGCACCCUUAGACACCCGAACUACACACACCGCUUCCCUGAAAACAAAGUUAAAUGAGAUAAAUACCGUAUUUUUCGCUCCAUAAGACGCACCUCACCAUAAGACGCACCUAGUUUUUAGAGGAGGAAACCCAGAAAAAAAAAUAUUCUGAACAAACUGUUCCAUAGUGUUUCUUACCAUGGGACAGUUUGUUCAGAAUAAUUUUUUUUCUCCCCUGUCCCAUAAUGAUCUUUAACCCCCCUUUCCUCUGUCCCAUAGUGAUUGUUAACCCCUCCUACCCUGUCCCAUAGUGAUUGUUAACCCCUCCUACCCUGUCCCAUAGUGAUUGUUAACCCCUCCUACCCUGUCCCAUAGUGUUCUUUAACCCCCCUCCCCUUGUCCAUUAGUGUUCUGAUCCCAUAGUGUCCCCCCCUCCCAUUGUCCCAUAGUGCACUUUCCCUCCCAUAGUGUCCCCCCCUGCCCUUGUCCCAUAGUGUCUCCCCCUCCCCUUGUCCCAUAGUGUGUCCCCCCCUCCCCUUGUCCCAUAGUGUCCCCCCUCCCCUUGUCCCAUAGUGUCCCCCCCUCCCCUUGUCCCAUAGUGUCUCCCCUCCCUUUCUCCCAUAGUGUCCCCUUCUCCCAUAGUGUCUCCCCUCCCUUCUCCCAUAGUGUCUCCCCUCCCUUUCUCCCAUAGUGUCCCCCUCCCCUUGUCCCAUAGUGUCUCCCCCCCUCCCCUUGUCCCAUAGUGUCUCCUCCCCUCCCCUUGUCCCAUAGUGUCUCCUCCCCUCCCCUUGUCCCAUAGUGUAUCCCCCUCCCCUUGUCCCAUAAUUACUUACCUGUCUUGGAGCGUGGGCCGGCUUCACAGCGCGCUCCGCGGUCCAGGAACUAAUAUUUCAGGUUCCGGUUUCCGGCGGGACUGAAAGGAAGUGUGCACACUCAGUGUGCACACUUCCUUUCAGUCCCGCCGGAAACCGGAACCUGAAAUAGAAGUUCCUGGACCCGCGGAGCGCGCUGUGAAGCCGGCCCACGCUCCAAGACAGGUAAGUAAUUCUUCACAUUCGCUCCAUAAGACGCACAGACAUUUCCCCUCACUUUUGAGGGGAAAAAAAGUGCGUCUUAUGGAGCGAAAAAUACGGUAAUACAUAAACUGAAACAAGAUACUUUACUCAAUAAAGUGAAUAAACUUCUUUCAGCCACCCUACAAGAAAAAAAUUCACAAAACAGAAAAACAAUAUUUACUCUCUGAUACAGGACAAAAAUAAUCAAACCACAGGACAUCUGCAACAAAUUUGCUAAAUUCUAUAGCACCCUUUAUAAUCUAAAAGGGAUUCAUCUAUACACCAACCAUCCGCAACUGAAAUUAAUUCAUUUUUGUCCCGCAUCACACUACCUAGAUUAUCACUGGCCCAACGUGAGAAAGUGGGAAGUCCUUAUUACACCAGCAACAUGUAAAAGGUUCUCCUCCAUCCUGUCUCCUCAGUUAGUUAAAGUAUUUCCAUCUGCAAUCGCUGAUGCUUCUCUAGGCUCUGGCCAUUAUCGUAGCUCUGUACAAACCAGGAAAAUCCACAACAAAGUGCCCAAACUUUACACCAAUGUACGUAUUAAACGGACUUUUUGCUAAAUUAAUUGCAAAUUGAUUUGUUUCCAUCCUCCCUAACAUUAAACAUACUGACCAAGUAGGCGUCAUCAGAAGUAGAACGAAGGAUGGGUCGUUACUAUGCAGCAUGCAUGGAGAAAAAGAAAGCAGCAUGCUAUUAUCACUUGACACUGAAAAGGCUUUCAACUGUCUCCACUGGUCUCUCCUCCAAGCAGUCCUUAAAUUUAGCUUUUGACAGACUUUCUUAUCAGCAUAUAAAGCACUGUAUAGCAACCCAAGUGCCAAAGUCUUUAACACAGGAUUGUUAUCCAACCCUUUCCCUAUCACAUAUAGAACAAGGCAGUGAUGUCCCCUUUCACCAGUGAUAUACAUCUUUGCCUUGGAACCUUUGACAGUGAUGAUCCGAACAAAUGCAGACAUCAAGCGGAUUUCUUUGGGGCAACAUGAAUUUAAACUCAAAACUGUGUACCCUCUCAGUUCUGCACAGAGCAAGGGUGUCUGGGACUUGUAGUUUAAUUAACCAUUUUCUACUUAUUAAAUCUAUUAGUUGAUCUACAAUUUAAAGAAGCCAUUCCUGUGAUCACAAUGGCUUGUACAACGGUUACUGGAAACUGCCGGCUAUACAGGGGCUGAAAGGGAUCUGCCAAAUUGCAUGCAGGUACAGUAGCCAACCAAAUGGAUGUAUUGUAGAAUAGGAGAGGUAAGGUUCAGAUUCAGAACGCAAUAAAACAUUUGUGUUUAUUGGUUAAAGUAUCCAUCAGGUGGCGUUCCCAACUUUGGUGGUCCAUGCAGAAUUACAGAACCCAUUUUUUUUUCUUGACACAGACAGCAGGAGAAUUAUGGUUCGUGUUUAGAGUGUGCUUUUCUUUAUACUUUUUUAUUAUCAGUUUGUUACCCUUAAUUCAUAUUCUGCUACUUUUGUGAUUUGGAAAUGUGUCACUGACAUGUCACUAUCUUCAUCAUGUAGGGUGAAAAAAUCCAUGAAGAUAUCUUUGAUAUUAUUGACCGCGAGGCAGAUGGAAGCGACAGUCUUGAGGUAAUGAACCUUUUUAGGCUUUGAGUCUUUCUGGCAGGUAGGGUUUGCAUUAAAAGAACACUUUAAUUUAAACAAAAAUGCAUGGUACUUGCUGAAAUCAAGCAGUCUAUUUUUCAUAGAGGUGCUCUGCGUCCAACCCUUCUAACAGAAUCAGUGAACAAACGCAGUGGAGUCAAAUUACAUUUUUGGAGUCUAGUUUAGUACAAAGUUCCUAGUGGGACUGACAUAUCUGACCGUCACUAGUAGGCGUAAAAAUGGCAACAUGUAAGCUGUGUAGUUUCUCAGAUGCGGGACAGUUUUCAUAUGCAAAAUCACUUUAAUAAGGUCAUUUUAGUCUUUAGGAUGUCCAUUUUAAAUCUAAGUUCAGUACGUGGAAACCAUGCAGUCAGUUCAAUAAAACAGAAGAUAAAGAACAAAGAAAAAUAUACUGCAAAUUGACCACUUUUAAAUUCAGAAAAUACCCUAUCAUACUACAGUGACUUGUGUUUGUGAGGUAUCAGACGGGUGGGCUUUUUUUGACAGGUUGAAAGUCGUUCUUAAACCAGUAAGGGUUAAUUAAUAAAGUGAAUUGCAAACAUCAGGCCAAACUGGAAUAAUUCUCCAUCCAGCUAUUACGAUGAGCUAUUUUGGCCUAAAAUUCAGCAUUCCCUUUGAAUACCCAAAGACUGAAACUCUCGUGAAUAACUUUCAAUGUGUUUCUAAGAGAGGCAGCUGAUGUAGAGGCAGGGUUGGUAUUUAUUUUUUUCAAUAGUUACUUUACAACGAGACACUCUUCCAAAGUGUGGUAUAUUGAUUGACCAUUCAUAAAUAUUAUAUAAUUCCAUUUUGAUCCUCAACUUGAGUGCUUCUAUUUUUAACAGGGAUUUGUUCUAUGCCAUUCGAUAGCUGGAGGAACAGGUUCUGGAUUAGGAUCCUACCUUUUGGAAAGAUUAAAUGACAGGUAUAUGUUAUUUCCCUUCAGAUACACCCUUUUUCACUGUGAAUUUUUUUUUUUAGCCAUUAUGGCCCAUCUUCACAUGUUACUCCAUAUUGAUUUUGUAGUAGCUGCUGCAUAUUUGUAGUUACAUAUGCUUAUUGAUGACUGCUGAGUACUCUCAGCCAGUGAGCGCAGUCCUGCACGGCAGGGCUUAGCUCAGUGCAGGGGGCAUCUGUCUGAAGAGGAGGGGUGGUAGGCACCUGGAGAACCAAUGGUAAGUUAUCAAACCAUUCUCAGUUGAGAUCGUUGCAGGAGCUUCAGCCUGAAGAGGAGGCCCACAAGUACGUUGACAGGUUCUAGGUUGGGAUCCUACAUUUUGGAAAGAAUAAAUGGCAAGUGUCUGAAGUUAGAUCCCUUUAGACUUUUUUUUAAUUUUUUUUCCUCUCACUGUUAACAUUUUCAGUCUUUUUAGCCUCUGUUCAAAUGUUAUUCCAUAUCCCAUCCUAAUUUUGUAAACUCUGCACUUUCUUCAGUUACAUAAUGUGAAACAGUUUCACUUGGCAUAUGGUAUGUCUCCCCACCCACCUAUGCACAGUAAGCACUUUGAUGGGUUUUUUUUGCUGCUGAUCUGCUGUUAUUUUGUAUGUUUGAAUAUUAAUAUGGAUAUUAUAUAAAGAGAAGAAUGGCUGGUUAUAAAUUUCUUUUUGGCAUUUUUAUUUUUCCUCUUCGUGGGUUACAACAAUUUGGUAUUUUUACUAAGCUUAAAAUUUUUUCCCUAAUUUGACUUUUUUUUGCAUUGAAAACAAGGCACUGCAUUCUUUAAUCCAGUUUUUAAUCUGAAGAUUUUCUUCUAAUCCCGUUUUAUUUAUUUGUUUUGUAAUCUUUGGUGAUGAACAAUAUUAAAGGCUUUCGUUAAACUUAAAUCAAUCUCUGGUAAAUCUCUGAUGUAGGUUUAAGAUGUGGUGACAUGACACCCGCCUUGCAAAAUAAAGAACAAAAUAGCACAUAUGGUGGGUGGGAAUGGAAAAAUUCCACAUCUGCAGAAUGUGAGCUCUAUUUCUUAACUUGCUCUCUGUUAGAUUUAGACUAAUUGCCACAACUCUCUGGGGUUUAUUUCCUAAACAAUGAAUUGAAAACUGAACUGAAGAAUUUCAGCACAAUUCACAGUUUAGUGAAUAAACCCCCUUCUGUCUAGCGAAUGGUUCACUGUCACGCCGUCUUAAAAUUAUUUGCAUGGUCGUUUACAAAGAAUUUCAUUUUUGAAGUUGCUGAGUUAUGAUUUUCUUGGGGUUAUGAUAUCCAAAAAUCUUGUAUACCAAAAUUGUGCACCACUAUAUUUGCUCUUUAACACAGCAACUUCUUUAUGUAUAAACCAGAUACCCAAAGAAGCUGGUGCAGACGUACUCUGUGUUCCCAAAUCAAGAUGAAAUGAGCGAUGUGGUGGUGCAGCCUUACAAUUCACUUCUAACACUUAAGCGGCUGACACAGAAUGCAGAUUGUGUGGUAAGGGAACACUUUGUGGCUGAUCACAUUGAGCUUUUGUGUUUUUGGCAUUUAAUGUACUGAUUUCUAAUAUCUGUCAUUUCGUUUUUAUUUCUGUCUUUUCAAGGUUGUUUUAGAUAACACAGCUCUGAAUAGAAUUGCUACUGACAGACUCCACAUACAAAAUCCAUCCUUCUCUCAGAUUAACCAGUUGGUAAGCUUGUAAUUGUAUAAAUGUUGACAAAUAACAGUUGAUAUGCAGUACUUCGUGUACAAAUAUCAGUAAUCCAGUUUGCUACAUAAUUGUUUCUCGGUAAACAAGGGCUCUGCUAUUUUCACAGUUUCUCAGAAAACAAGUCUCCCAUUAAAGGAAUACUCCAAGCACUAUAAGCACUACAGUCCGCUGUAGUGUUUAUGGUGCCAGGAAUGUUGUGGCGCUGUCCCAUAGUAAGUAGUCUAAUGCAAGACCACGCUCAUUGGCUGAGAGGGCUCAGCUGCAUGGCUCAGCUUUGCUCUACACAGCCAUCUGGAUGCUCCUGCAAGCGAUGACCAAAUGCAGGCACCUGGCUGGGCCCAGGUAAGUUGUCAAACUGUACUUAAACAAUUUGACUACUUACCAUGGAACGGUGUCCGAGCACUAUUGGCACCAUAACUACUACAUCAAGCUGUGGUGAAUAUAAAACAAAUUGUGAGAUUCCACCUAAAAUAGUCGCACUUUUGCUCACCACUGCAUAUUAAAAUGUAGUGGAGAGGGGGAGCCAAUGGUUGUCAAUGUGACCCCCUAUAUUUCUGCAAGGGAGUUAUUCUACCUCUGCCAUGUGGCAGGUGGGGGCACACUAAUUAAACAUAAAAAAUUAGAGACUAGACAGCCAUGGGAAAGGGGGUCUGUGAAAUAAUGGGCGAGUGAGGCUCAUGGCAAGUCUCUAGAAAAGUGAAACUUGCCUGUCUGAGCACGAUGGUUUACAAACCUUCCAAUCUGAGCGCUGCAUGGGAAAGUCUUUCUAAACUCAUUCUGUGCAGAGCCCUUGAUGGGCUCACAUAAAUCUUUUGUUUUCCUUUUUUUUUUUUUCUCUCAUCCAUCACAUUUUUAAAUUUAUCAUCUUUUUUUUGUAAUUUGGGCUUUUUCUAUUUUAUUUUUUUAUUAGUUGCAUCAGGAUUUUUUUUUUUUUUUUUUGCUUUCUUUGAGCCGAAUAAAAAAAGAUUUAGAGGAAAGAAGGCAUCUGAUUAUUUGCAUGAGGAGAUAUAGGGAGGUUGUCUCGUCUCCUAUGGGCGUUCGGUGGGACUUAAUUGCAACUUGAAGGGUAGACAACGGCAUAUACAACUCUUCAUUUGCACUUUUAAUUAGAGCCACCCGAUGUGUGUGCGUGUGUGUUUUUUGUUGUUGUUUUUUUUUUUUAAAUCAAUCAGUGCUUUGUUAAUAUUGGAUCCUAUACUUUGUAUACUUUGCAUAGCACUAAUUUUAAACUGGACAAUAAAUGUACCCACCUAUUGUAGAUUUGUUCAGGUUGGGUAAAUAACCCUGUAAGAUUUUCAAAUGCAAAGCUCACUAUUAUUGACAGAAUUUUUCAGUUCUUGCUCUAUUCACAGUGUAGUUGCUCUGGCCCUUUACUAGCACUUUAGCUUCCCUCCUGUCAAGGCCCUCCGCACGGUGGAGAAGGGGUUAAACACCCCUUUUGUCACUUACCUGGGUCCACUGUCGAUGUCCCUCGGUGCUGGAUCGGGCCUGCCUUCUCUCCAUCGCUGGGGGAGACCUAAUGCACAUCCGCGGCAAUGGCUGCACUCACUUUAGGAUUUCCCCUUUGCGGAUUACGGUGAUGCUGAAAGUCCUCUUGCAUAGCAUUUUUGAACCAUUAUUUACUGUCUUUGUAAAACAAUGCAGUUUUCUUUGUCAGGUGUCCACUAUUAUGUCCGCUAGCACCACUACGUUAAGAUACCCAGGCUACAUGAACAACGACCUGAUUGGUCUUAUUGCAUCUUUAAUCCCCACACCUCGUCUGCACUUUCUAAUGACUGGAUAUACACCGCUGACAACUGACCAAUCCGUAAGUAUUUACAUAAUGACAUUACUCAUUUGUAGUGCAUCUAUAUGAUAAGAAGCAAUGUGUAUGCGCACAAGUGCAUGAGACUUGCUUACAUAGGUGGCAUGUACUAUACACCAUGAGAAUGUUUAAAGGGACCAACUGCAAUUAUUCGUGUUUUGGUUUUCUUCUAUCCUUCCUCUUGACCAUUAGUUUCCAGAAAAAUCAAAUAACAAUUUAGGGUUUACCUGCAGCUGCUGUAAAACCCAUCUAUUUUGACUUUCUUCACUGCAUGCGUCCAUUAACUAAACUGGUGCAGAGUGAAGGCUCUUGUGAGACUCUGCCUUCACUAUUAAAUAGAAACAUAAACUCCAGGUGUUUAGGAGUCUUUCCAGGGCAGUUUUUUUUCCAUUUUUGUUAAUUUUAGUAAUGCAUAAUUUAACAUUAAACUAAAAGAAUACAGAAUUUGCGCACAAAUUAAACAUGCACAUACCCUCUUCCCCCUUAAAAAAACAAACAAAAAAACACUUGCACCUCAGUUUAAUUGGCUUGCAUGUCUGCAUGGUUUGCCAUACACACCCAAACAAAAUGUGUAGGAGGGUGAACAUUUCAUGGGGAAAUGUAUUUGUGCUUUUUUUAUUUAUUUAUUUUCAUUUGCUUUACCAAGUGAGGGACAGGAGGAAGGACUGAUGUGCAUUUUCUAAAACCAAGUGCCUGACAUUAUGCAGACAAUGUAGGAACCAGCACAUAUUAUUAGCAGGCAUCUGUCAAGGAGAGGUGGAUGUGGAGUUGACUGCACAAGGAAAAAGUCCUUAUGCCAAGUUUGCACAAUAUUCUGAUAUGAAAGAUGAAAUUAACAAUGAUUCUGCAUUUCCUUAUAUGAAAUUGACAAAGUCUUUACUGGUUGAUCAGUAUGCAGAUAUUCCUAUGGCCCUCUGACAAAUUCCUCCACCCCUGAGAUUACCUGCCUUGCAAAGACUUCUCAUUCAUAGGAAAUUGGACAACAGAAAGUCUGGGGAAGAAGUGGGUUUGCACAGGCAGCAGACAAGAGAACUGCAGCUUUUGCAAGCUUUUUUUAUAUAUACCUCCAGUGGAAAAAAAUGCAUAAUUCAAUGCAUGUGUGUUUUUCAUUUGAGGUAUAUCGACUAUAUAGCGAUUUAUUUUGUAUUGGGGCAAUGACACAUGACAGAGUUGCAACUCCACAGCCAAUAGCAUACAUUUUUUUUCUUUGUCAGAUGUUGCUUCUGUCAGUGCUCCAAACAUAUUGCUUAUAGUUUUUUUUGCAGCAAAUACACUUUAAGACCUUUUAUGAAACUGUCAGGAUUUACCAACAAGUUAAGUGUUUAUGGUUGAUGAUUUAUGCAAUGUUUUAUUUUACGUUUUGCCUUCACAAAGGAUAUUCCCAGGAGAAGCAGAUCUAAGAGCCUCAUGGAUUAUAAGCGGGUACCUCUGUGUGCUUCAGUUUCUGAUCUGCUAGAUCUAUGUAGUUUUUUUUUUCUUUCAUUUCUUUCUCCCCUGGUUUUUAAGUGUGCUCUUUUUGCUCUUUCAUAUUGUAUUCAUAAGUGUAAGGCAGUAAUGGCUAACUUCGAAACUGCAGGUGAUUGGGACAUACAUUUCCUGUAAUGCUGAGCCAUUUUGUAGGGUAGUUGAACAUUGCAAACAUACUUCACAAACAUUUGCGAUGCCAAGUGUGGCGGAACCAACCUCGCCACUGUCCACUGGAGAGGCCUGGUUGCUCGCCUGCUCCCUUUAGACUAUGGUCCUGCAUUUUAAUCUUUUAUUUUACUGGCAGAAAGGUUUAUUCGUGCCAUUCUGCGGACUGUUAAAGCCAUGCUACCCCAGAUAGCUAUGCCAUGGAGCCCAGCCGUAUACUGAAAGACUGUAUGAAAGACUUUGGAUCCAUGGCGAUUGAACUGUAUGUAUGUGAUCUGAGCGUCAUGCGGUAGUAAUGUGCGCUCAGAUCUAAGCUAUCUGGGGAUAUGUAGAAUGUCUAUGUUUUAUGGAAUAAAUGUAACUGUAUGUAAUUUUAUGUCUUUUAUUGUAUUGUUACUGCCAUGUGGUUAAUGGAGCUUUGCCUCUGUCCUGGGAGAUAAGUGGAUUACUUCCCAAUUAUCUCCAGGACAGAGAGGAGGGAUUGUGAUGUAACUGUGGGUGUGUUUUACAGUUCUCCUGUAAACGAUUGGUUGUACUGUGUCCCACCCUGUGGGAUGUCCCCUUGAAUGGGGACUUGCAUAAAAGCCAGUGUGUGGCCAUUACAGACAGUUCCUGCUUAACCCUCAAAGUGAAGUGUCGUCUCAUUAUUGGGGGAGGAUUUAUUGUAUACUGUUCCAGUUUGACUGCUAGGAGUGUAAACCUAUUUGCAUGGUUUUUCCUAUUCGGCUAUUUCCAGUAUUCGUGUGUUUGCAGUUCGGGAGAGUGGUGAUUGCAGUAGCUGUCUGUGCAUCUAAAAAAGGGGGAAUGUCACCUAAACUGUUUUUUUAACCUCUUGUGGGCAAAACGGUCCGUUACACCAAGAUUGGCCAUUACUAUGUUUUAAUUCUUUACUUCUAUUGUGCACAUAUAACAAUACAAGCUUGCCUUGCCACAACCGCAUCAACAAGCUUAAUCAUGACAUAAAACAGUGUGGCAUUCCAAGAUUCAGCAUUUAUUUUUUGAAUAAUUUGUUAACAAUUGAGCUAGGCAGACAUGUAGUGGUACGGAUGUAUGGGAUGAUAUAGUUAAGACGUUGAACAUGCUCACCAUAGAUAUGUCAGGAUAGAGAAUUCAAGAACAGUAGGCUGAAUAAACUGAACUGACUGUUUAGAUUAUUUAGUUAGUACAUGAGUGGUCCGAUAUGUGCUAUAAAACUUGUGCGUUAAUUAUAGAAACAGCGAACGUAGUAUAACACAUUUGCUAGGCAAGAAUAAGUUAAUAUACCACUGGCACCAACAUUGCCAUUCUAAGGCUAAGGUGAAUAUAGUAGAGUAAAAGAAAACAAAGGUAAAGAUAAAGAGAUGAAUCAAAAGUUAAAACACAUAACCAUAUGCAUAUUCAUGUAACGUGGCAUCUAUGGGUGUCUAGUAGGUCUGGUAACUUAGGCAGAACGUCUACAGGGGGAGGUAAGUAAACGUUUAACCGACUCCUGACAUCAGGAAGCGCAGGAAAUCUGCAAGGCAGUCCUAUGCAAGCAUGUCUACAGGCUGAUGUUGGUGUUGCUCGCUUCUUCCCCUCCAGACACACGCAAGGACCGAUUUCACCUCUCCUGGGGCACAUUGGUUCUUACCUCCGAGGGUAACGUGAGGAGCUAUGAAGAAGUUUGCUUCUGUGUCGGUUUUGUCUCCGCUUCCGAGUGCUCUGCAGAGCAGUCAGGCCAUUAGUGACUCAUUCAAACAAGGAGGAGAGAAUAGAGUGCUGCCCUUUGAGAGAGCAAGGGACAGGUAUUUGAGAGAGCGAAUACUCUGGGAGGCCAUAAGCUUUCCUAAGGAGAUGGGUUUUGAGGCACUUUUUAAAUGAUUGAAGACUAGUGGAGAGCUUGAUGGUCGUAGGCAGGCUAUUCCAAAGGAAAGGAGCCACCCACAAGAAGUCCUGCAAGCGUGAGUUGGCUGUACGGGUGCGAGCAGCAGACAGAAGAAGGUGAUGGGCAGAGCGGAGAGACCGAGAAGGGGCAUACCUGCAGAUCAGUGAAGAAAUAUAGGAGGGGCUAGAAUUGGUCAGUGCUUUAUAGGUGUGGAUUAGUACCUUGAAUUGAUUCCUAUAGGAUACAGGAAGCCAAUGUGAGAGGGAGAUCAGUAUUAGGAGGAGGAAAGACAUUUGUCUGUAUUUGCAAAUAACACAAAGCUAGGUAAGAUAAUACAGUCUGAACAUAAUAUAAUUUCUGUACAGAGGGAUAUGGAUGCAUUGGGGGACUAGGCAAGUAAGUAGCAGAUGAGAUUCAAUACAGAUAAAUGUAAGGUCAUGCAUUUUGAAAUACCAAACCCUCAAUCCAAUUAUACUUUAAAUGGGUUUGAGUUGGGGUUCACAUUAACGGGACACUAUUGCCAGCAAAACAAGUUUAGCUUAAUGAGGCAGUUUUGAUGUAUGGGUCAUGCCCUUGCACUAUCACUGCUCAAUUCCCUGCCAUUUAAGCGUUAAAUCGCUUUUGUUUCUGUCCUAGCCACACUGCCUCUUGCUGUGACUGACACAGCCUGUAUGAAAACAUGGUUUAAUUUUCAAUCAGAUGUUAACUUGCUUUAGAAGUUAUCUCCCGCUCUCUAAAUUUAAGUUUAAUCACACACAGGAGGCUCCUACAAGGUUUAGCAGGCUAUUAACAGUGCAGGAGAUAAAUAAUAAAUUAAACCGACUGUACAAAAAAGUAUGUUUAAACAUAAGAUUUCACUUUGCAGGAAGUGUUUAGAACGGCUAUGUAAGUCACAUGCAGGGAGGUGUGACUAGGGCUGUAUAAACAAAGCGAGUUAACUCCUAAAUGGCAGAGAAUUGAGCACUAAUACUACAGGAGCAUGAUCCACCACCAUGAUACACCAAAACUGCUUCAUUAAGCAAAACUUGUUUUUGUGACUAUAGUAUCCCUUUAAAUGAAAAUGACUUGAGAACAAUAAUAGAUCACAAGGUAGACAAUACUAUGCAAUGCCGAUCUGCUGUUGCAAAAGCUAGUAAAGUGCUUUUGUGUAUAGUUAAUUAUAUGUGAUAUUCUCGAACUAAAAAGGCUGUCUAAGGAUAUAAUGGAUAUGUAUGUGAACAGGUUGUUGAUAGAAGGCUAAAUCUGACUGCCUUAUGGCUUUUUACCUUUUUUGUAGCAUAAUUGGAAAUGGCUACAAUUGGGGUUGUUUGUGUUCUUUUAGAUAAACCUCAUAAAAUAAUGGGUUGCAUGGUUGAACUUGAUUGAAUUUAGUCUUUGGUCAACCUAGACAAAUAUCUGACAGAUGGAAUAUGUGUAUGUGUUCCUAACAGAUUGUUUAGCUAUCAGUGUGUGUGUGUCUGUCUAACAUUGGGUACCUGUGUGUGUGUUUAUAGAAGGCACCCGACAUUGUUUUAAUUUUUUUUUUUUUUUUUUUUAAGGGCUCUGAAUGUUGUCGCUAAAGCUCCCCAGUUGUCUCUUUUUAUAUACAAUUUCAGGCUGUGAGGCACACAUUUUUAAUUAAACAUAAUACCUAACAGAGCUUUAAAUGAAAGACAUAAGAUGCAUUAAAAAUAAAACAGCCCCCCUGUUUUAUUUUUAAUGCAUCUAAUGUCUUUCAUUUCAAGCGGGCCAGGCACCAAGAGAGAUCAGACACCAUUUCUCAUCACUCUAGGCUCAAAAACUCUAAUCCAACGAUUAUCACCUACCCUCUGCCCCAUCGACCCACGGCAAUGGUGGCACGGCUCAGGGGAACUCUCAGGGAACAUAUUAAUGCCAAAUCGACCCACAAGACCCAGCGGACCUCUAGGCUGUGUGACCAACGGCUUGCAGCGGAGCACGCAACUGCCAACUGGGCCUUAUACUCACCCCCUCCUGAAACGGCACUCUGGCCUAUGAAGAUAUAACUCAGAAAGCCAAAGACCCCGUCUACUGGGUCCCACAGAACUAGAGACAUUGGCAAGUUGUUUACCGGCACCCCGCAAUUGAAAGCACCUGGGGAGGCCUCCACGGACCAGUCAGACGAUGAGGUCAGUCGACCCCACAAUGGGAUAAAUAACCCUACCCUUUCACCUACUGGCAGGCCCGUGGAAACACCCACCAUGCACCAAACAGGACAUUGACGAUUUAUAUGACCGCAUUGGCAAACUUUUUGAUGUGGACAUAGCCCUCGUGAAGGAGUAAGUACAAGCUGUCACGGAGCGAGUCUGAGCCACUGAAGAGGAUGUGUCCGACCUCAAACGCUGCCUAUCGGCCCUAGAGGAAACGGUAGGCACCCUACAGACCUCACACAACGCCAUGAACCUAAGGGUGGAUUCCCUCAACGACAGGGGCUGAAGAAGGAAUCUAAAAAUCAGAGGAGUGCCUGAUGCAGUGUUCUCAGAAGAAUUAUCUCACCUGAUGAGAAGGCUUUUAACUUCACUACUACCCACUAAACUAGCAAAGGAUAUUGUCCUGGAUGGCGUAUACUGGAUUGAAAAAUCACCAAGAGUGCCUGCGGCCUCUUAUUUAGAGACAUUAUCGUCAGAUUCCAAUCCUUUGCAGACAAGCAAAAGCUCCUCCAAAGACCACACCUGUGGUCUUUGAAUCGCACCACCUGACUUUCUAUCAGGAUCUUACCGACACUACUCUGCAAUGGCGACAAUCCAUGCGGCCUAUCACCGCUGGUCCACUCCUAGGGCCUUGACAGUCAACUCAGCGGACAAGACGUACGAAGUGCAGUCACUUGUAGAGGCUCCCACGUUCCUGGCAACCCACGGCCUAGCAGAACCGCCACGAGAAACCUUUCUCUCAUCUUUCUUUUACUUGUCCUCUACAUCCAUCAAACUUCCCAGUUCUUUGUUAUUUUAACCAUGUAACUUGAAACCAAAGAUCCACUUACUUGUGGCCCUGAGGCGGUAGGACCGCACCCACUUAAAGCCAGACUCCCUCCUCCCCCCCCCCCCACAGCCCUCUUGGUUAGGGGUACUCUCACACGCUAGACAAGUACAGACUAAGUGGCUUAAAGGACCACUCUAGGCACCCAGACCACUUCAGCUAAAUGAAGUGGUCUGGGUGCCAGGUCCCUCUAGGAUUAACCCCUUUUUUUUUUUAUAAACAUAGCAGUUGCAGAGAAACUGUUAUGUUUAUAAAUGGGUUAAUCCAGCUUCCAAAUCCUCUAGUGGCUGUCUUAUUGACAGCCGCUAGAGGCGCUUGCGUGCUUCUCACUGUGAAAAUCACAGUGAGAACAUGCAAGCGUCCAUAGGAAAGCAUUGUAAAUGCUUUCCUAUGAGACUGGCUGAAUGCGCACGCAGCUCCUGCCGCGCAUGCGCAUUCAGCCGAAGUGGAGGAUCGGAGGCGGAGAGGAGGAGGAGAGCUCCCCGUCCGGCGCUGGAAAAAAGGUAAGUUUAAUCCCUUUCCUCGCCAUCCAGCCCGGCGGGAGGGGGACCCUGAGGGUGGGGGGCACCAUAGUGCCAGGAAAACGAGUGUGUUUUCCUGGCACUAUAGUUGUCCUUUAAACCUGCCACUAGCCAAUUUAAAGACGGUCAAAACACUUCAUCCUUAGUACAGCGUCAAUGGCUUCCCCGUAAGAGCUACGGCAUGUGUAAGGAAGACAGUCAUAUCACCAUGAUGAGCUAUUGCCUAAAUAGCCAUUGCGACAUGCACCUCACAGAAGGAUGUUUGUAUAUUUAUUUUUCUCUUUCUUUAUUUUAUUGACCUCAAACAGCCGUGCUCCCCAACUUACAUUUUAUUUCACAGGGUUACACUGUCACCCUAGUUAAAUACUGCCAUACAGUCUUAAGGCGCAGAGGUUAUAAUAUCACAGCCCACAGCAGUCAGACUGACAUUAAGGGUGCACACUAGACUUCACUCAGCAGGUAUAGCAAAGCAUACAUAAAGAGCAACAUACAAGCAAUGCGUGUGGCAUAAAAUGUAAUAUGUAACCAUGUAAAUCUUUGGGGGUUAGCAAUGUGCAUCACUUUGAAUUCGUAUUGUUGGAGGUAUGGGGUUGUGGCUUACGUAAUCGCUGGUCUGCUGUGUGUGACAGCAUUGUACACCAUAUGACGCCGACAGUGUGUAAUUCAGUGCCUAUCAUGUUAUGUGCUUGUUAAGAAAGAAAGGAGCAUCCUGAAUCCAAAGGUCCUGUCUCUCUCCUGCCGACCCGCCUGGCAGGCCCUCAACCGGCUGAAGAGAGCCUGCUUAGUUAGAGGGUAGAAGUAAGGGGGAGAGGAGCAGGUGUGUAGAGGAGGUAGGAAGAGGGAGGCAUGUAGAAGUAGGGUAUAAGGAGGAGGAGGAGAGAAGGGAAAAAAUAUUAAAUACAUUUAUCUGGGAUAGGGGUGGCAGCAUAGUUGGCAAUGUGCAGCUGCGACCACCCCCAGCUAACAGGCAUGUAUUCUUAACGCUUUAGUUUCCUGUUACCUGUCUAGAUGUGAAGGUUUACUUACUUUUCAGCUUUCGCCACAUCAUUCUCUACAAAAUCUUUUUAUCUUCUUGACUGAGAACAUCACCUUCUUGGUUGCGACCAAUGCUUCCACAUAGGCAAAACACUGCGCUGUGCCCAUUAAAUGCUUCUCUAUGAGCCAGAUUUGAUCUACAACAGAGUUUGUCUUGGUUAUAGUAGAGGAAGUGCCUCUCUUGCAGAGCUUUCCAAACUUUUCAUGUUGGUGAAACAUUUUUUAGACAUGCAUCAUUUCAUGACGCGGCGGUCGAGACAGUGUUCUGUUUCUUGAACACUUCACUUCAGUUGCGGACGAUUCCACGUGCUGUGCAUGUGCAGUAUACAUGUAUGAUCUCUUGACAGUCUCUCUAACACUAGGGCCCCUAUUCACAACAUGAUAUAACAUUAUAUAACAUACCCAGCACAAGUUAGCUCUUCUUACCUUAUUUACUGUUGCUGGCUGGUUGCCAGGCAAAAUGGCUGUGGUUGGCAAUUGUAAUUGGCGUGGAUGGUUGGCAUGCCUUUCUUUCCCCAGGCCCUUUGUGUAUCUGUUUCUCCCCCAACACCUUUGUAUUUGUCUCUUUCCACUUCCCUUCUGCAUAUCUUUUUUUCCACUUCCCCUCUGUGUGUAUCUUUGUGCCCCCUCUGUGUGUAUCUUUGUGCCCAUCCUCUGUCAACACCCUCCUCUCCUGUGCCCUCUCUGUCAACACCCCCCUCUCCUGUGCCCUCUCUCUGUCAACACCCUCCUCUCCUGUGCCUCUUUCUGUCAACACCCUCCUCUCCUGUGCCCUCUUUCUGUCAACACCCUCCUCUCCUGUGCCCUCUCUCUGUCAACACCCUCCUCUCCUGUGCCCUCUCUCUGUCAACACCCUCCUCUCCUGUGCCCUCUCUCUGUCAACACCCUCCUCUCCUGUGCCCUCUCUCUGUCAACACCCUCCUCUCCUGUGCCCUCUCUCUGUCAACACCCUCCUCUCCUGUGCCCUCUCUCUGUCAACACCCUCCUCUCCUGUGCCCUCUCUCUGUCAACACCCUCCUCUCCUGUGCCCUCUCUCUGUCAACACCCUCCUCUCCUGUGCCCUCUCUCUGUCAACACCCUCCUCUCCUGUGCCCUCUCUCUGUCAACACCCUCCUCUCCUGUGCCCUCUCUCUGUCAACACCCUCCUCUCCUGUGAUCUUCCUCUGUCCACCCUCUCCUGUGAUCUUCCUCUGUCCCCCCUCUCGUGUGAUCUUCCUCUGUCCACCCUCUUCUCCUGUGAUCUUCUUCUGCCCCUCCUCUGUCCACCCUCUUCUCUUCUGCCCCUCCUCUGUCCACCCUCUUCUCCUCUGCCCUUCCUCUGUCUACCCUCCUCUCCUCUGUCCACCCUCCUCUCAUCUGCCCUUUUUGUUUCCCUCUUCUCUCCUGCGCCCCUCUUCAGUUUGCCCCUCUACAGUUAUGCCCUCCUGUGCCUUUCUUCAGUCGCACCAUAUCCUGUCUUGUGUCCUUCUUCAGUUUCUCACUAUCCUUUCAUGCCCUUCUUUAGUUCCCAAUGAAACUUGUGCUCUAGUGGCUGUCUUUCUGAGUUGCUGGCUUAAUUUUGCACCACAGCCAAAAUCUGUCCUCUUAUUAAUUUUCCAUUGUUCUCUUUGCACAGCUUUGAAAUACUUUACAGAUAAUAAGAAGACAGUGAUUAUCUGUGGGGGCCGAGUCAAAUCAGCAGCUCAGGACACACUGAUCUCUCAUUGGCUGAGCUACACUGCUUACUUUCCAAUCAGAAAAACAUUUUGUGAAAAGGGGAGGCGUGAGAAAGGUGUUGGGGUUAUGCAGCAAUAAAAACAGCAAAGCAUUUAGUUUUUGGUUUUUUUAGCAUACCUGAAGAGAUUUAAACAGGAAGAAAACCACAAAAUGUAUAUAAAAUGGAAAAACUAUCAAAUGCACUGAGGUAUACGGACGACCAGAGUGUUUCUUCUAGCUGACUUGUGGGUUGGAAACUUGUAUUUUCCGUGGUUUGGAAGUGAAGUGCCUUUGUUUGAAACUACAAAAUUGUACGGUUUCACUUUGGCAUAGUCGCAGAAUUUUGCUAAGCCUUUAAACAUUCAAUGUGACAACUCCUAAUAAUGUUUGCUGUUUUUUUAGGUGGCCAGUGUGCGCAAGACCACAGUUCUGGAUGUCAUGAGGAGAUUAUUGCAGCCCAAAAAUGUUAUGGUGUCCACGGGCCGAGACCGUCAAACAAACCACUGCUACAUAGCUAUACUGAACAUCAUCCAAGGCGAAGUGGAUCCAACACAGGUGCAUAUUUAUCUUUAAGGCGAUUUUAUACACUGCAUUUUGUGAGUGCCAUGUAUAACUGUCAUUUUCUGUGAUGUUUGACAAUUACUUCAGUAUAUAUUGGUAAUACUAUAUUGUAGAAUAUACAGCAGAAUCCCGUUUUAUCUGUUUGUACACAUUUUGUAUAUUUAAGUGUCCCGGAAUGAGAUCUGCACAGUGCAUUCCGUAUAAUGUACCAUUCUUGUAAAUUAUGCAGUUCCUGAAAAUGCUAUUCUAGAAUAUUCAUUUGUCAGUAUAUGCUGCAAAGUUCACGUCACCAUAGGCGAAGAUGGAAUUUUUUCCAGUUUGUCCACUAUACUAUGAUGAGUAAUAAAAAUUUCGUCAUGUGCAAACAUGUUAUUGGUAGAACAUUUUAAAAGAGUCAGAUUGAGCCAAAUUCCUUCAUAAAUUGUACUGGAUUUACUGAAUAGUUAUAUUCUCUUUAUAGGUACACAAGAGCCUGCAAAGGAUCAGAGAGAGGAAGCUGGCUAACUUUAUUCCAUGGGGUCCUGCAAGUAUACAGGUUGCUCUAUCCAGAAAAUCUCCCUACCUCCCAUCUGCACACAGAGUGAGUGGGCUCAUGAUGGCCAAUCAUACAAACAUCUCCUCGGUAUGUACUUUCAUGUCUACUAAAGCUAGUAGCCCACCUACGUGAUUUGCUUAUGUGAGCUGUGGGAUCUUUUGUAAAGUAAAUAUUAAGGAAAUAUCAAAAGAGAGAGCAACUUUUUGUUAUAAAAGAUUAUGAGCAAUGGAGUUAUUUUACUCAUAGUCUGUCUGACCUUUGCAUUGUGUGCGCUGUUCCUUAAUCUGUAUUUUGUAUAAAUGUUGGAAUUUACGGCAGCACCACUACUGUAAAAUGCAUGUUCCGGUUGUGCCUCCAAUGCGCCCUUUUUUAUGACAUUUCCUGUAAAACUGCAUAAAAACUGACCUCAACUGAUCUAAUAAAUCUGUAGCACAAAAAGUUUGUGCCUUAUGAUAUGCAGAAUGUUGCACUUCAGUAUUUGAGAAAUAUAUAUGUAUGUGUGUAAAAUAGGGGAACAUGCAUUAUGAGAGUAAAAUAUGCCUUCCCCUAUUGUGUUUUGUACCCCACCUCCAAUAGACUGUAAGCUCGUUUGAGCAGGGUCCUCUUCAACCUAUCAUUUCUGUAAGUAAUUUUUUGUAGUUGUCCUAUUUAUGGUUAAAUCCCCCUCUUAUAAUAUUGUAAAGCGCUACGGAAUCUGUUGGCGCUAUAUAAAUGGCAAUAAUAAUAAUAAUUUUGUCACUUUUUGUGUUUGGCUCAUUUAAAGGAUCACUAUAGGGUCAGGAACACAAACAUGCUAAAACCACUAUCUAGUCCGCCUGGGCCCCUCAUGCCUCCCUAAAUAUAGCAAAAUCUUACUGUAUUCAAGCCAGAAGCUGUAGAUCUGCAUGCUGUUUGCCUAAACCCCCCAAAAAAAACAAGCAGUCUGCUGACAUCAUCAGAAGUGGUAGCCUGAUCCAAUCACAGUGCUUCCCCAUAGGAUUGGCUGAGACUGACAAAGAGGCAGAUCAGGGGCAGAGCCAGCAUGAUUCAAACACAGCCCUGGCCAAUCAGCAUCUCCUCAUAGAGAUGAAUUUAAUCAAUGAAUCUCUAUGAGGAAAGUUCAGUGUCUGUAUGCAGAGGGAGGAGACACUGAAUGUUUGGAUGCAUUUUAGGCAACCAUUACCCAGGAAGAACCUCUAACAGCUAUCUGAGGAGUGGCCAGUGAAGUUAUCACUAGGCUGUAAUGUAAACUCUGCAUUUUCUCUGAAAAGACAGUGUUUACAGCCAGAAAGCUGCAUGACUAUAGUGUCCCUUUAACUCCCAACCUUUAUUUUUAAUUGUACUUCCUUACUUGGACACUAGAUGGUGCAACUGCUUCAAGAUAGUAUUUUUAGAAUUUCUUUUUAAUCUGUUAAUUUGAGGUCUUGUUCUGCAGUUAGAGUAAUAUGUAAUAUGUCCAUCUAACAGUUAUGUAUUAAGUAAAUGAGCCCAGUGAUAGCAAUGACAGGUAUAUCAAUGUAUUCCUUACAGUUCUUUAUUUGCAUGUAAUAUAGCAUGUAGUAACUUAUCAUCAAUGGAUGACUCCACAAACAUAUUUAGGAAAUAAAAAUAUCCUGCCUUUUUUCGCUCAUUUUCUUCUUAUAUAGCCAUAAAUACAUCUAUUGCUAUAUAAGAAGAAAAUGGCCUUCUCUAACUAAACUGUAUUUCAUAGACUAGACUCUAGUCUAUGAAAUACAGUUUAGUUAGAGAAGGCCGUUUUAAUAAUCUAUGUUUUCACUUUAUAUAUCACUUUACAUAGUUAAUUAGUUUGAUUCCUCUAUGAGAACACACACUUGUAAUGCUGCCCCCAUUAUUAGCCAUUUUUAAGGCAACUUUUCAAAUGUAUUUUUUGUUUGCUUGCUUUUUUUUUUUUUUUCUUCCUGUCUCUCUCUUUUUCUCAACCACCUUUACCCCCAAACUGAAAGAUUUGUUGUGAAUACUUGAACUUAAUAGAGUCUGGCUUCAUUCCCCGUUUUUGUAGUCAGGGCCUCUAGUUCAAACUUGCAGGAUCUUAUUGGACCUGGUUCAGCAUUGUUCCAGUAAGCUAUCAGUCACUGAGCAAUAGGUAAAAUGCAGUCAUCUUGAUUAUACAAGACCGAAUAACACAACACAAAGUUUAAUCUGGCACAUCAGAACUCCACUGUUUGUUGCAAAUUUUCAAAAUCUAACCAUUAGGCACAUAGCCUAGAAUAGUAUUGAAAAUCCUUUAUUUAACCCCUUAAUGUUUUUUUUCUCCUUGACAUCAUAACAGUCUGUUCUUUAUGUAUCUUUUUGAAAAAUGGAAUGUCGAGCUCUGUUAAUGGCUGCAGACUUUUACUACACUGUCCUCUAAUGUUGUUGUUGUUGUUUGUUGUUGUUUGUGUUUUUUUUUGUUGUUGUUACUUUUGAAGAGACAUUUAGAACUGUAAACGUUUGCACACCUGAAUAGCUAAUUAAAAGUUGGCUAUUGAUUAUGCGGUUUAAUCUUUAACAGUUUUCACUAGUUUUGUUUUUACAUUGCAUGCUGUACUGGUCAUACUGGGUUUAACCCCCGCAGUGCCAGGAGCUUGGCACUGCUGAAUAAAUGCCUGAGCUGGUAGCCCUAUAUUUUCGUUAGGAUGCUUGUUAUAUUUUCUCACUGAUGUACAUCGUUUAUUUAAUGUUUUCCAACUAGUGUCUUUUCUCUACAUUUCAGCUAUUCGAGAGGACCUGCCGACAGUAUGACAAGCUGCGUAAGCGUGAGGCUUUUCUGGAGCAGUUCCGCAAGGAAGAUAUAUUCAAGGACAACUUUGAUGAGUUGGACAACUCCAGGGAGAUAGUGCAACAACUAAUUGAUGAAUAUCAUGCAGCCACCCGCCCAGAUUAUAUCUCAUGGGGAACCCAGGAUAAGUAAAGUAGGGUGGGAGGGAAAACAUGGGACGGAAGCCAGGUGCCCACCAAUAAAAAGAAAAUUAAAAAAAAAAACAUGGUUAUGGAUGCUAGGUUCUUUCUAAAUCCAGAAAGUCAAAGAACUCUACUGAACUGUACUGAUGCAAAGCUAGAGCCAGAACAUGGGAGAGUUAUCGGAUGUUUUCUUCACAUUUGCCAUAAGUAGACUACCCUCUCAAACUGUUUGACCUAAUUAGUUCCAGACCGAAGUUCACUUCUCUAGUCUUUAUUCUGAAUACUUCUAAGUAAGGAGUUGCCGUCUAAAACUUACGUGGCCACAUGUUGUCCUGUUAGGAAUCUGUACCAUUGACCAGAAACAGCCAUUCUUACAACACUUGUGGCUUGAUGAAAAAUAUCCAUUACACCUCUCCAAUGUUCUCAAGCUUGAAAAAUUUAAUUUAUCCAGUCCUCACUUUCAAAUUUAGUUUCAGGCACCUGUAUUUGUGUACCUCGCAGUGCAUGACCGAAGAAGUGGUUUCAUAGGUUUCCUUCCAGGGGGCAGGAGUAUUGUAUUUGUUUUGAGUAAUAAUGCAUACCCUGUAGACUAUUUUUAUACAAUGUACCUUGAAAGAGAAAACUCCUGGGACUGGUGAGUAUAAAGUUGCCUUAUUUGUUAGCAGACAGAUAUAAUGUUAAAGGGACACUAUAGUCACCUGAACAACUUUUAGCUUAAUGAAGCAGUUUUGGUGUAUGGAACAUGCCCCCUGCAGCCUCACUGCUCAAUCCUCUGCCAUUUAGGAGUUAAAUCCCUUUGUUUAUGAACCCUAGUCACACCUUCCUGCAUGUGACUUGCACAGCCUUCCAUAAACACUUCCUGUAAAGAGAGCCCUAUUUAGGCUUUCUUUAUUGCAAGUUCUGUUUAAUAUUUUCUUAUCCCCUGCUAUGUUAAUAGCUUGCUAGACCCAGCAAGAGCCUCCUGUAUGUGAUUAAAGUUCAAUUUAGAGAUUGAGAUACAAAUAUUUAAGGUAAAUUACAUCUGUUUGAAAGUGAAACCAGUUUUUUUUCAUACAGGCUCUGUCAAUCAUAGCCAGGGGAGGUGUGGCUAGGUUUGCAUAAACCGAAACAAAGUGAUUUAACUCAUAAAUGACAGUGAAUUGAGCAGUGAAAUUGCAGGGGAAUGAUCCAUACACUAAACUGCUUUAUUUAGCUAAAGUAAUUUAGGUGACUAUAGUGUUCCUUUAAUGUUUAAGAACGACACACUGCACUUCUAUGAAGAGAAACACUAGAACCAUAAACAGAGAAUAUGGGAGUAUAAUUUUGCCCUACAAACUAUUUCCUGGGACAGAACUUCUUACAUUACAGCAUAGCAUUUUCUAGAAGCAGUGAGUACUUUAACUUCACCACAUUUCACCGGCAUUAUCACUGGAGCAUCCCAGUGUUUUGAAUCUGUACUCUUAAUACGUUUCCCCUAGGAGUAGUAGAAAUGAACCAAUUGUGCUAUUUAUUACAAAAAAAAAACACACACACACACUUUUUUUUUGGGGGGUUGCUUGAUAUCUUUAGAUAUGCUAUUCUUUCUAAUGGAGUUAGUGUCCCCUCCUCCCCAUCACUGAGUGUUUGUGUGCAGAUACAGACAGAUUUCUCACUCACCAGGAAGAGGUUCCACCUUUUUGUUUGAUGUUAAUAGGAUGUGUAACCCAUUCCCCAACUUCAAUUUAUAGCAUAAGAUAAGCUGAUAGGAGUCAUAUUGCAGCAGCUAUCACUCUAUACACAACCUGAUUCACAGUUUUAUGAACCAGGUUGUGUGCAGAGGACAACAGACCUCAACAAUAACUGCACUUCAUCUCCACUGAUGACAACAUAAUUUGUAAUUCUGCCUUUAUUUAAACCUCCACUUGCUGUGCAUUAUAGGAAAGUUUGUUGGACAGAAAUGUUGAACAUUAUUAUUGCCUUUGUAUGCUAAGAACGUCCCACUACUACUCUCUUUCAAGGUACCUAUAGAUGAGCACUAGGGCGCAUACAAGCUAUUGAUUAGUACGUUGCCCAAGUAUUGUGUGUGUGUGUAUAUAUAUAUAUAUAUAUAUAUAUAUAUAUAUAUAUAUAUAUAUAUAUAUAUAUAUAUAUAUAUGUGUGUAUAUGUGUGUGUAUAUAUAUAUAUAUAUAUAUAUAUAUACCAUUGCUUAUUUUGUGACAUGUUUGGAGGUAAUCAUACUUUCAGACAUUGGCCUUUUCACACAAUUGGCAUUUGUAACAUUAAAUAUUAUU